GAUCAGCUCAGUGCGGAAUAUAAUGACGGGCGGGUUUUGGCGGCAACACCGUCUGCGACAUUCCUUAGAAAACGGGAGCGCGGGAAUCAAUAAAGGAUUUCCUGGCGGCGUGCCCACGCAUGUGCGUUCCGGCGAGCACGAGCGCUGCUGCUGCGGCGACCACACUGCUCCCGACCCUGCCGCGGCCACGACCCUCUAUGCUCCGCUAAAAUUUAACUCCCAACUUACAGGUGUUUCAGGAUCAAUUAAGCUGAUUACCACAACCGAGGGCCGCUCCGGUCGCUGACCAUCUACCCUCUGAACAAAUAAAUCUCAAUAAUAAGUAGUAGGCUGUGUUAUUGGGCGUAUGAUCGGCGCGCAACGCCACUGCGGCUGCGGGGCGCGGACGGCGGCGGGGGCGGCCGGCGCGGCGGCGCGCUGCCGGCAAGCUUCCCGCGCGGCACGUUUGUCCUCGCCCGCGGCUCGCCCGCACCACCGUCUCGGUCCGACCUAACCUGAUAUUUUACACACUCGAUUUUACUCACAAACAUACCGGCUCUGACACCAGAGGAGUGUAGUGCGAUCGUGUUAGAUGUGAGCGGGAGUGCUGUGUGGUUCUGGUGCCUGUGAUGUGGGGAGUGCGAUGGCGCUGAGAGGCAGCAUGUCGCCUCUGGCGCUGUUCAUGCCUCUGCUAGCGGUCGCCGCGCUUGCAAACCAGUUAGAGGACAUACCCCACAAUGAAGUCAAAAACUGGGCGUUGAAAUUCGGCGUGGAUUUAUGGGAAUUCGGAAGGCACUUCACUAAAAUGAAUCAAAUACAAAACAAAUACCACGAGUACAACGUGGAGGUGGCGCGCAAGGACGGGCUGCUGCUGGUGCGCGAGCUGGCCGCCGAGGUCAAGAACCACAUGGACUUCAAAAUCAACGCCGUCAUGCGUAUUAUGGACUCGGCAGAGGCGGCAGCGUUAUCGUCGGGCGGUGCGGACGGCCCGGGCGCGUACUACGACGCGCGCUGGCUCAACGUGCACGCCGACGACGGCACGCUGGCCGCGCGAGCACGCCGCCUCGUGCUCGCGCCCAGCCGACACUUCGACCACAUCGCCGUCAACGCGAGCUACAGCGCGGUGCUGAUGCCACCCUACAUCAACGUUGAAAACGGCGACGUGCAGAAUCAGAUCGCGUGGUCCGAGCACCUCGACCCUCUGUUCGUGAACAAUUACGAGAUCGACCCUUCGCUCUCGUGGCAGUACUAUGCCUCAUCCACUGGCUUCAUGAGGCGGUAUCCAGCCAUGUCCUGGCCGCCUGAAGAUGGCUAUUCGCACCACGCGCGUGAUUUCUACGACUUCCGCUCGUCCAACUGGUUCGUGGAGGCGGCCACUUCUCCCAAAGACCUGGUCAUCCUUCUGGACGACUCGGACGACCUCGGCUCUUCAUACUGGAGGCUGGCUAAGGCCACAGUCUCUGGGUUACUGGACACCCUCGGCCCGAAUGACUUCGUUAACGUUUACCGGUAUAGCGAUACCGUGUCAGAGAUACACUCGUGUUAUACGAAGAUUUUGGCUCAGGCUGUGCCGGAAACGAUAAGGGAGCUGAAAACCGCGCUGUGGGGCGCCGAGGCGACGGGCGGAGCGGCCAAUCUGACUGGAGCGCUCACUACUGGCUUCGAAAUUUUGCAUCGGUAUAACCGCACCGGGCAAGGCUGUCAAUGUAACCAAGCCAUCGCGGUGGUGGGCGCGGGCGGCGGCGCGGCGGGCGUGAAGGGCGUGUUCCGCACGUGGAACUGGCCGCACAUGCCCGUGCGCAUCUUCAGCUAUGGCGUGGGCGGCGACGCUGCUUCCAGCCACAGCAUGAAGGACAUGGCUUGCACUAAUAAAGGUUUCUACGUGUCGAUAAACGAGCACUCGGAGAUCAGACCGAAGGUGUUGCAUAUGAUCGAGGUGCUGGCACGGCCGCUCGUCAUGUACCAGACUAUGCAUCCUGUGCAUUGGAGCCCCGUUUACGUUGGCGGAAGGAGCAGCAACCUAGACGAUGAUGGGAUGGGCCAAUUGAUGACGUCAGUAACGGUGCCUAUCUUCGACAGGAGAAACCAUACGCAUCGAGAAGCUAAUUUACUCGGUGUGGUGGGCACAGAUGUACCUGUCGAUCAAAUAAAGAAGCUCGUUCCACCAUAUAAGCUGGGAGUAAACGGUUACUCAUUCAUGGUGGAUAAUAACGGGCAUGUGUUGUAUCAUCCGGAUCUCAGGCCUUUGUAUACCAAUGAGGAAUACACUGAGACGCUCCGUCCGCUCUACUCCAGCGUGGACCUGACAGAUGUAGAGCUGCUCGUGGACGCGGACGAGAACUCGCGCGUCAACCUCACCUCUCUACUGCUCGAUCUCCGACACGACAUGAUUGAACAACGCGAGGGUGAAACAGAGAUCGGCGUGAAAGUGCAAUAUGGCAGCAUGCGACGCGUAGCCACGCGCCGACAGCGUUACUUCUACAGUCCAGUAGAAGGAACGCCAUACUCGCUCGCUAUAGUACUGCCUGACGGCUAUGGCAUGUACGAGCUGCAGGCCGAACAGGAGGUCAAGCACAGUCCUAUCAACGUUACCGAAUAUUUUAAAGGAGAUAACUGGAAAAUUCACCCAGAAUGGGUGUACUGCGAGUACGCAUCUACGUCCGAGCAGACAUUCAACUCUGCAGAGGAACAGUUGGUGCACUUCCUGGCGCGCGCGGGCCGGCCCGGCUGGAAGUGGAUGAGCUUGCGCCCGCGCGCGCUCACGCUGCACAACAUGCACAAGAAACAGGACAGGGACUCCUACUACUGUGACAAGAAUUUAGUUCAAUCACUCGUACGGGAUGCUAUGGUAAUAAAAGAAUUGGACGCACACACUGGACACGCGAGCCACCACAACCACCCGAUAGCAACUUUAAUGGCACUGCUGACAAGGCAAGGGCGGUUCCACAAGUUCGUGGUGUCGAUGUCGUUUAUCGCGACGCGCAGCGGCCUCUUUCGGUGGACGGACAACAACAACAGCACCAGAACUGGUGACACCUCUGAACCCCACUUCAGCGAGCGCUACGCACGCGCGUUCGACUCGGAGUGGUACCGGCGCGCCGUGGAGCACCACAACAUAGAGCCGGAGAGCUUCGUGUUCUCGGUGCCGUUCCGCGACGGCGCCGAGUCCGCCGCGCCGCCGCUGGUGCUGGCCACCCACGCCGUGUUCGUGGAGUCUCGCGGACACCGCGCCCCCGCCGCCGUCGUCGGCCUGCAGUUCCAACUCGACUCGCUCGCUAAACACUUCCUCAACGUUACGUCCACGUGCACAGCGGGCACAUCCUGCAAGAAGACAUGCGCAGGCGACGCGCUUGACUGCUACAUUUUGGACGACAAUGGUUUCAUCAUCCUAUCCGAGGACGCGGCGCAGACCGGCCUAUUCUUCGGGCAGGUGGACGGCACCAUCAUGGACUCGCUCGUACAGGACCGCAUUUAUAAAAAAGUCACAGUCCAUGAUCGCCAAGGACGAUGUCCGGACUCCAGGAAUCCUUUCAGUGGAGAUGGAAAUACGCUGAUGCCGUUCAAGCCUCUAUCAUGGCUUGGAGGAUAUCUCACAAGUUUAAUAGCGGUCUGGUUCCCGUUGUGGCAGACGGCCAAAGCUCACGCUCACCCCUAUGCGGACGAUGAUAUGGCUGACACAUCGGUUAACGAAGACUACGAAGACUACGAACACGACGGUGACGAGGAUCCGGAGGAAGAGGAGCGCGACCGCGGCAAGUACGAGAUCAUCAUCGACGGGUACGGCGCGGAGAAGCCGGCGGGGGCGGAGCGGCCGCCCGGCGCGCGCGAGCCGCCGCGCGAGGCCGCGCGCUCCGCCGCCGUGCGCCCCUGCGACACCAGCGCCGAGCUGUUCACGCUGCAGUCCACGAGGCUCAACGCUGCGCAGCCGCUCAAGGGCAAGCUUACUAACUGCCACAACUCCGGCUGCGAGAGACCGUUCAGCGUCCAAAAGAUCCCGCACAGCAACCUGAUCCUGCUGGUGGUGGACACGCUGUGCCCGUGCGGCGCCAAGCGGCUGGACGUGCGCGCGCGCGAGGCGCCGCCGCGCACCGUGUGCCGCCGCCACCCCGCGCACGCCACGCGCCGCCGGCCAAGGCACUGCGUCUCCUAUCACCCGGAGGAAAUCGAAAUCCUUUCGUGCGGCCGCGGCUCGAGUACUCGGGCGCCGUGGGCGCUGCUGCUGGCCACGGUGGCGGCGCUGCGGUGGCUGGCGCGCGGCACGUGACUGCCCGCUUGCCCCUGCUAACUCCAUCAUUGCUAGAACGCGAGCCCGGAGCUCGAGCUCAUCGGACAAACCCGCUAAAUGUUCCAGCCUCCUUGUUAUAUCCUACUAACGCACAUUCUACUCGUUCGAGAGCUUCGAAGUAUUGUUGUUCAGUGCUCCAGUGUGAGGACAGUUGGCGAGCGCUCCCGGGCGGGCCGGCGGAGCACCGCGGCUCCGCCCUCGAGCUCUCCUAGGGUACGUCGCGCGGAACCACGAGUUUUGAUCUAUUUUACCGACUGAAGUUUUGGUCCGACCAAAUGAACUUUUGACCUUGUUUUGAGACAUGACGAUACUCGAACUCGAUUUAGGAAAUGAUAAUAAAUACUUAAAAUAUUUCUCCCUCUCGGUUAAGUUGUCACUUUUCAUAUUGCGGCCGACGCCGCCGCGUGCAGUAUAGGUAGGUAACGAAUAUCUUGUUAAAUUUAAAUCGAAGAUUAUCACAAACUUGGAGAUCUUAUAAAUUAUAGCUAAUGUUAAUAGAUAUUGAAAGAUAAAUUAAUGUAAAAUAAAGAUAUGGUUUAAAACUGUUUUAGAAAAAUUUACCUAUGUUGAUCCGAAACUCGAUUUAUUUCUUGAUAUCUGUCAUUCACAUAUUUAUAUCGCUAAACUUAUUGACUAGUUGCAUAGGGUUGAUGUAAAUAAGAAAUAUUUUAUUUGUAGGCAGUUCUUUUGCUGAAUUUAUGUGUGCCUGUGCGUGUUACCUGUCAGUCGUGGUGUCGAGGACACACUGGUGUACCGACUGUUACCUGUUUUAGAAAAUUACAUCUACGCGAUUACAAUGGCUACCGCUUUUUAUUGUUUGUAAAAUUUGUGAUUUGUGAGACAGUGUGGUACCAGUGACAGCAUUGGCAGCUUAUUUAAUACAAAUUUGAUCUCACUUUAAUGCGAGGAAAAUAUUUGUUCGUUCAUAUAAACGUACCUACAGCUACAGACUAAGCGAGACAGGGUGUCCAAAAUGAAUAGCCCAGGCUCUUUAUGUCUUAAGAACAAAGUUGAGUUCAGUUCAUUGUGAACACUUCGCCCGCUUAGCUUCUUCUGCUGUUGACACGAGCCGCAGCCAGCGCUACUCCUCGACACCGCGAUGUGCCCACUUUCAUACGUCUAGUUGUUAGUGAUUUUCUCGCCUAAUCUUCAAAUAAUGCUGUAAUUGGGGAAUCUGUAAACAGUUCCAUAUUUUUAUUGUAAAUAUUUUACUAACUUAAAUGGCCUACUACAAUUUUAGAACGUGUGUUGCUAAUAUUUAAGUCGUUCGAUAAUUAAAUUAAUGAAACUACGUCAUUUCGACUAUCACGUACCCACUUUAAGUUGUACUGUAUAAUCCAUUUAGCAAUAAUAACAUCGUCAUUUCAUUUCAUCUUUAUUCCGUAAUCCUGAUGACAAGAAUACUUUUCAAAAUCAACACUUUUUACUUUCAUACAAAGAUUGACGUUUAACAGUAUUUUAACAAGAUAUAAGCUCAUACUUACACUUGUUUGUAUUUGAUAUAAAUGUGAAGCUAAAUAUUAUUAAAGUUGAGAUCCCGUAUACCUACUUACCUAUCGAAUAUAGAAAUUUUGUAUAUCAUAUCAGAAUAGUACCUAUUUGUAAUCUAGUACACGAGUACGCGGCUUGCUAUUGUCCGUUGCAUACUGUAUAAUUCCCAACGUUUGAAAUAGUAAAAAAACCAUAGACAUGUAUAAAAUAGUUAACACACUGGAAGUGCCAAACCACAGUCUACCUAUUAUUUCCGAUCACAGAUUUUAGUCAGUGUUGCUGAAAGUUUUGUAAACGCCUGUUUAAAAAACGUCGCCUGAGUUUACGCAUGAAUAAAUAUCUUUGGAAAUCCUGAACACUCUGGACAUUGUAGUCGUACUUUGUCUCUGAAGCACGGCAAUACAAUUUAAAUACCUAUGCAUAUCAAAUAAUUAAAAGCGACAUAGUACUUAUGACAAUGUCCAAAUGUUAAGGCUGACCAUGUUGCUAAUCCCGAGGACAAUGGUGAGCGACUACUUGUCCAUCAAAUGUUGGCCACAGCGAUCUGUUCUACCUACCUACAUUAACCUACCUUUUUCUUCGUAUGCGUUGAAUGUUUUCCGUAUCGUAUUAAGUAAGUAGUACCUACACUACGCGUCAUCAUCAUCGCUGAAACACCAACAAGAAAAAUUGGUAAUUAGAUAUUAAAGUAGGUAUGUGAAGCAAGAUGGCUGAGAACGACACAAACGUAUCAUCGACUAGAUCGGUCAUAUCACGUAUCGUAACAUACACAUAUUCAAAAUAUAAAGACAAUUGUUGGAGGGCGAUUUUGAGAAAUUGUACAUUUUGUAUAAAUAAUACAGUAAGGAGUCGAUAUAAUGGCGUAGUAGAGGUUUGUUGUACGGGUGAGUGGCGAAUGGCGAACGACUGGUGAUUGAAUUGCUUCUAGCAAGCGUCGAGUCUUCCAUAGCAGUCGAACGCGUCUCGAGUGUUUACUAUAACGUCUAAGUAUUAAACGAUAAUAAUAUAGUGUAUACUUAACAUACCUAGCAUAGCUGAGCCCGCCGGGCGCGGGGCGGAGUGGGUUUUUUUACUGGCACUUGGCGGGAUUUAGUUUUACGAGAAUAUAGACACAAAACGAAUACCUCGUUUAGUUACGCAAAAACGUAAAUAGCUAGACAGAAUUGUGAUUAUUUCGCAUUUAUUUCUCGAACAUUCUCGAACAUAUCAAUUCAGGCACCAAAUGAAACUAUAGUGUAAGCGAAUUACUAAUUGAUUCUAAACUCAUGGACAAAUUUAGAGGAACGCAAAAAAAAGGUUUAAUUAAGUGCCUACUGGAUUACAGCACCAAAAGUAAUUUCAAAAUUACUUAGUAAUUAAACUUUUUUUUUCGUUCCUCUUAAUUUGUCCACGAGUGAAUGUGAUUUUUGAAUACCUUAAGUUUACCUACAAUCGGAACAGUGAUCUCAAAAACUAUGCCACUUUUACAUAUCACAUAUUCGGCGUUGUACCUACGUUUUGCUCGGAAAAGAAAAGCUGUUUUUCAUAUUCUCACGUUAUUAUGCAAAUAUUUCCUUUCCCCCAUUAAAAUGUUUCAUUAAAGUUACCUACUAAAAACUUUUACAGAUUAUUUUAGAUCUGUUUUAGAAAAGUACGUGGCCAACAAUUUUGAAGUCACUGUUUUAAUAUUAUUUCUUGUAUUUACGUAAUAAGUUAUACGAUUGGUAUAGUUCUUCACGGCCACUCUGUGAACAUGGUUCUUUAGUGGGAUUUUAGAGAAGUACUUCUUCUUUUGUUAAUUGCCAGAUCAUGCUAUAGAUAUACGGUAAUUAAAACAAUAAAGUUCUCUUAUAAACAUUGUGA